AUGGCUUCCUCUUCGGCAGCUGCCAUGUCUUCGGGAUCCCGCUCAGCCGUACCCGCCGACCUUCUUGCGGUUCACGACUCGUUCCAGCGAUACAGUCGGGAUGUAAUUGAGCACCAGAUUCCGCGUCUGCAAUCGUGCACGCAGCUCACUCUGCUAGCCGACUACGAGGCCGAGGUAAUCUCUUCCAUAGACGGUCUCAAGCGCCAAGUCAACGACCUCAAGUUCGCAGUCGACGAAGCAGAGUCCGGCGCGGAACGUCGCGAACUCCAAGCGCUAGCUUCUGCAUCCAGCCAGCAGCUGGAUGAGAUCCGACAGUCGGUCCGCAAAGCCUUGCUAGCCGCUCGUCGCAGCAUCGACAAUGCCCGAUCGGAAGAAGCUCGCGCUGGGCUUCAGCUUGCAGCCGACAGUGCCAAGGAGCGCACCGGUGGCCGCGGCGGAGGCUCUAGCGGCGAAGACAAGCUCAUGACCGCCUCGCAGGAUGUCACCGAUGCGCUACGCCGUACCGUCGCGCUCAUGUCGUCCGAACUCGAAAAGUCGGCCAUGUCGUCUCAACUGCUCGAGGAGUCGUCGCAAACCAUCUCGAGCCUAUCCUUUCAGUAUGGUUCGCUCACCACGCUCAUGACGAAUUCCGUCACAAUGAUCAAGACCAUGGAGCGUGAAGACCUCAUCGGUAAGGGCAUGGUCGCCGCCUCGUUCCUCUUCUUCCUUGCCUGUGUAGGCUACAUUGUGUACGUGCGCCUCAUCAGCAAGGGAAUCGGUCUGCUCGGCUUCAUCUUCCGCCUCUUUGGCCUCAACCGACUCCUAGGCGGCACCGCCAGCCGGAGCCCGCAAGAUCUGCAGCAAAAGGCAGAGCUCUUGAAACAAGCCGCUCAGUCGGUCACCAGCACACAGACAGUCGCAUCGGCAGCAGUGUCCGUCGCAACUGCAGUCUCGUCCGUCGUAGCAUUGGCCGCGGCUGCAUCCACGUCCAAAGCGCAACAAGCGGUGCGGGAGAAGCCCAUCGACAUUCAAGACGACCUUCAAGACCUUGUUGACGCUGUCAUGCCCGACGACCAAACACAUGGCCACCGCGACUUGCCCAUGACCAGGGCAAACACUCUUCCUGUCGAGCAUGUCGAGCUGUAA